ACAUAAACAACAUUUGUCUCCUUCCGGGUAGACAUGCAAGCACUUACCUCUUCCUUCGUCUCUCGUUCCCUCGUCCCUACCACUCCUAGGCGACAUCGAGUGCGACCACUGUCAGUAGCUCCCAUGACCGUUUGCAUUGACCAAUCACGCAAGGAGAAAGUGGUUGUCAUCAUGGGAUCUACCGGGACAGGAAAGUCACGCCUCUCAGUCGAUCUUGCAACCCGUUUCUCCGCCGAGAUCAUCAACUCUGACAAAAUGCAAUUCUACAAGGGGUUGGAGAUCACGACGAACCAAAUCACUAUCCCUGAGAAAUGUGGAGUCCCUCACCAUCUACUCGGUGAACUUCCUGUGGAUGGCCCCGAACUAACUGCCUCGGAGUUCCGCUCUUUGGCGUCGGGGUCCAUCUCUGACAUGACCUCUCGUGGGAAGCUCCCUAUAAUAGCAGGGGGAUCUAACUCCUACAUUCAUGCCCUCCUUGUUGAACAUUUUGACCCUGAAACAAAUCCAUUCUCUAAACCGUUGAUACCUAUCGAGUUGAGGUACGAUUGCUGCUUCCUCUGGGUGGACGUCUCAGUCUCAGUCCUGUACCACUACCUCUCAAAACGUGUCGACCAAAUGAUGGAAUCAGGGAUGUUCGAGGAGCUCGCCGAUUUCUACAACUCUAGAGACUCCCGGUCCACAACCCGAACCGGGAUUCACAAGUCUAUAGGAGUACCGGAGUUCGACCGGUACUUCGGAGUCUACCCGCCGGAGAAAAACGUCAAGGUGUGUGGGUGGGACCCAGCAAGAAAAGUUGCGUACGAGGAAGCAGUUCAGGAGAUCAAAGAAAACACCUGGAGGCUUUCAAAGAAGCAGAUAGAUAGGAUCAUGAAGCUGAGAAGCAGUGGUUGGGAGAUUCACAGGUUGGACGCUACGGCAUCAUUCAGGGCACAGUCGAGAGAGGUUUGGGACAAGAACGUUUUGGAGAAAAGCGUCAAGAUAGUGAAACGCUUCGUGCUCGAAGACUAGGUGUUUCAAUUUUUCUAUCAUUCUCCUCAUAUUAUCAAU